AUGGCUCCAGAUGAAGAGAAGGAGAAGGAACGCAUCAUGUCGCUGUCGCAGCUCCAAAACUUCAUGAAGCGAGAUCCAGAAGCCUAUGGUCCGGAGUUUGAUCAGCAAUGGUCUCACUUCGACAGCCAGAUGGAGAUGUUCAAAUUGAAACCUCAGAAGCCAUCCAGUUCGUUCAGUGAACAGGUGAUGUUCUUGGCACACGUGGCGCCGAGCUUCCCUGACAAGGCCAAAGCACUGCCUGAUUUGCUCAUAGGGGCGCUCAGCGACCACUUCGAGGUCAUGCAUAGCUCAAUGCGAACCACCUUGGUGCAGGCAUUGAUCCUGCUGCGCAACAGAGAUCAGUUUCCAUGUUCCAAGACUUUGCCGGUCUACUUCAAGCUCUUUCGUUCUCAGGACAAAGCAUUGAGAAAGUCCAUCUUCAACCACAUCGUGCGAGAUAUUGCACACAUGAACCAGAAAAAGAGGAACCAGAAAGUCAACUAUGAGCUUCGAGACUUCUUCUUUGCCCAAAUGAAGGAGACAGGCACUGAGAUUUGCCGACAUGCUUGCGCUGUGUUCAUCACCAUGUACCGGCAAAAUGUUUGGUCAGAUGCCCAUGUGGUGAAUCUUAUGAGUUCCGGCUUGCUUCAUCCAGAUCUCAAAGUUGCAGCAGCAUUGGCUCAUCUCUUUCUGGGCAACAAGACUAAGGGCUUGGAAGGAAUCUUGGAUGAAAGCGACGAUGAAGAUGAAGCUGAUAACAUCAACGAGGCUGUGACUGGAAUCGUUGGUGCUAAGAAGACUGGAAAUCGUGUGAGGAAGCUGAAGAGAGCCAAGAAAGCCGCAAAGAAAGCCGCCAGCGCCACAAUGAUUUUCUUGUUUUGGGGCAGGAGUUCCAUUUUGGGUGAACUCCAUGAACAGGCCAAAAAGGGCAAAAACAAUACCAACGUUGUGAGCUUUGUUGCCAUUGACUUGCUGAAUGAUCCACAGACCUUGUCCGAGAGGUUGCUGCAAAGAAUGAGUAAGGGUGGCGAACCCUUCCUCUUCCGUUUGCUCAUGCUUCACUUGGUGGCAAGGCUGAUUGGUCGCCACCAAUUGCAAGUUCUGAAUCUCUAUCCGUUCUUGCAGAAGUACCUUGUGCCCACACAGAAGGAAGUGACAAAGGUGAUGGCCGCGUUGGUUGAGGCCUCACACCCUGCAGUACCACCUGAAGAAGUGAGGCCAGUCGUCCUUCACAUUGUGAGAUACUUUGUGACGGAGGCGCAGUCUUCGGAGGUCAUUGAAAUAGGUCUAAAUACCAUUCGGGAGGUGUGCGCAAGGUCCAUCAACAUUCUGACUGAAGAAGAGUUGGCGGACCUCUGUAGCUUUCGCAAGCAUAAAAGCAAAGGCGUCAUGAUGGCAGUGCGCAGCCUGAUCAACACGUAUCGAGAGCUUCACCCGCAACUGCUGCACCGAUCGCUGCGAGGUCGCGAGGCCACGGUGGCGGUCAGCCGCGGCGAGGUGCAAGCCCCUCAGUUUGGUGAGAUGCAGGCUUCAGAAAAGAUUGAGGGCCUCGACCUCCUAGCAAAGAAAAGCAAGGUAGAAGGUGACGAGGUAGAUUUGAUGACAGAGAAAGUCCUCAGCCCCGAUGACUUCAAAAAACUGCGGAAGCUCCGGCUGCAGAAGUCCAUUGAACUCCAAAUGGGAAGGAAGCGUCCUGCUGAGGAGAUGAGCUCUUCCUCCAGCUCCGGCAGUGACUCAGAUGAGGAGGACGAGCGCGGACUGACAGGGCGUCUACCAGACCAAGUCUCUGCAGACAUGCUCAGCGCAACACCAAAGCGUGCGCGCACCAAAGCCGAGCGUUUGGCCAGAGCCCGACCCUUGGACAAGCGCUUGGUGCACCAAUCUGGGUUGCGUGCACCAAGUCACAACCAAAAGGCUUGA